AUGGGUGAUUACAAUCGGAAACCAUUUGAAAAUUCUGUUGUUGUCAAAAAUUUGCCAUUGACGAUUAUACAAGAAGAACUUAGAGCGAUUUUUGAACAAGCUGGCAAGGUAUCGUCCACAAAAAUUCUUCCACCAAAUCCAAGUUAUGAUACAGCCGUCGGAUUUGUUAAUUUCUUGGAUUCCGAAAGUACUCAGCAAGCUAUUACUCAAUUAAACAAUUUUAUUUAUCAAAAUCAUACAUUACGCGUACAAGAAUCGGGAGGACGGCCACGAAAUUUGAAUGGUGAUCGAUUAUCAAAUGGAAAUAGUAGUAGUUUUCGCCAAUCAUCUUUUUCCAAUUUUCCAGACAAAAGUAAUUUACCAUCAAGUCAAAAAGUUGGCAGUGAUACAAACAGUGAGGAAACGUCUGCACCAAAAACUCCAUGGGGUGCAUUUCGCACUCAAAUAGUAUCGAACGGUAAUAGUAGUGAUCAACUUUCGAGUCGUUAUUGGGACGCUAAUAGUACUGAUAACAAUCGAUCCUCGGUAAACAAAUAUGAUAAUGAAAACGAUAAAAAGUCAAUGUGGACACCUCAAUCUCAGAAAUCAUCGUCGACUUCCGGUACAUCAAAUCAAACAUUAACAGGAUGGCAGAAAGAAAAAUCAGAAGGUUCUUCUUCUUCGUCGUCGUCGUUAACGCGUAAUAACGGUUCAAUUACACCACCAGUAACCGUAAACCAAACAUUACCUCCAUCAGUAAUAACGAAACCAUUGGUUAUGUCAUCCAGUUCGUUUAUUGAUAUACGAGAACAUGAACCAUUAGUUUGCGAUAAAACAUAUAGUGUUUAUUUAUCAAAUCUUGAUCUACCAAAUGUGGUCUAUGCUAUGUUGCUCGAAGAUUAUGUUAAUGCAACAUUAUUAAUCACAACAAUGAACAAACAUGAACAACUAGCGUCUGAAUAUGCCAAUACCUACAAAUAUAAACCAACAAUUGGUCGCCCAUGUGCAGCUAAAUUCAAAGGUGAUUGGUAUCGUGGUCGUGUUUUAGCCAUCGAAGAGAAUCGUGUUGAAGUAUACUAUGUUGAUUGGGGAAAUAAACAAUGGUGCAAUGCAAUACUUGAAAUAAGACAAUUACCAAUGGAAUAUUACAAAGAUCCAGCCUGUUGUAUCAGAUGUGUUUUGGAUGAUGUAACAGAUGGAAAAAUUGGAGAAAAAGAAACCGCACAACUUCUUGAAAUAUUAGUGCUUGAUACAAAAUUGGAUAUGACUGUUACAAGAAUCGCCAGUGCCACACCACCCAUACCACAUGUUCAAUUAAUUGACAAUCAGCGUAAUUUAAAUAGAGAAAUUCGAACUACCGUACCUGUUCUUUCAUCAUCAAUAGUAAGUGAUCCAUUAAUUGAUUUAUUUAAUUAUAAGCCAACAUUAAAUGAAAAUGAAAUUUAUAAAGUACAAUUAGCCGUGAUCGAUGCUGAGGAUGAAAUGCUUCAUGUCAUACUUAUACGUGAUGUUUUGGCGACAAUCAUUCAAGUAUUGAAAGAUUGGAACAAUCAAAGAGAACCAAUUAAAUCAGUGCCAAACGUACCACAAUUAGUAUGCGCUCAAUUUACGGGGGAUGAUUUAUGGUAUCGUGCGUGGAUAAAAUCAUGCAAAGGUAAUACAUUCAGUGUUUACUAUGUCGAUUUUGGUAAUGAUGAAAAUUUGACACUCGACCGCCUGACAGAAUGCCCACAAAGUUUACGGCAGAUACCGUGGUUAGCUGUGCAAGUGCGUUUACAUGGAAUCAAAGUAACAAAUGAUGAACGUUAUGCAUUAUUACGCGAUUUUGAAAGUAAAAAAUUAGACAUGAAGAUAAUAUCAAAAGAAAAAGGCUAUUAUAACGUUGAAUUGUCGUUUAAUUCAAAAACAAUGACGAACUAUCUAUUAGAACAACGUGACAAAGAUGAUAUGGCUUCUUCAACUGUUAAUAAUGAUGAAGAUUAUAAUGGUUUACCAAAAGAAACGAAUAGUUAUAAUACUGAAGCACAUGUUGAGCAUGUUCAACCUCCUGUGCCACCACCGAUAUCUGUUACAACAGCAACACCAGUUAUUCGUGAACAAGCACGCAUUCAAAAGUCACCAGAAAAAAUUAAAUCUACUAUUGAAGGGUGUCUAAUUGCUUCUGAAGCUCCCAUCGUAACAGAAGUUUAUGAGUUUAAUCGAGUCAUUUUACAUAUAAAGUCUUUUUUCUUGUUACUUGUAGCAUUUAGUUCGCGUUCAUCAAGUAUAAAUCAUGAUAUGGGGUUAUCAGCUACAGCUACUCCAUUUGUUUAUACAAAAUCAAAAGAAAAAUCACCAUCACUUCCUGAUGAUAAUCCAAAUACAAUUGUACAAGUUACGAAACAGUUGUUUAAAAACGAUGAUAUUCAACAACAACAUCCAAUGGAUGAUAAUUAUCAAUUAGCAGUGUUAAACGAAUUAAAACAAUUGAAUCGUAAUAUGAUCGAAAUGAAUACAUUGUUUCAAAAGUUUUUAAAUAGUAAUAACCGUUGA